AUGAACACGGAGAAGCGGGAUGCCAUCUGUGAGAACGGGCGUCGAGGGCCGGCGGCUGCAAAAAUAGACGGACGUGCCAGUUGGUACGUGCCGUCGGUCGCAGAGAACGAGGGCCGGCGGGGCCACUGCGAGAGCUGGGGAACUUACAGUAGCGGUGGCGGCGGGGCUGGGGGGAUGCCGGCCGAGAACGGAAGCUGGGGCCAGUGCCGGGAUGCCGAGCCAAUGCAAGCGGACGGUGCCCUACGGUGCCUCGGGGCCAGAGAGCCGGGGACGAUGUCUUGGCGGAGCUUGGCGGGCUUCGUCGCCAAGGGGGGACGGUGCUUGGCAGAGGCUGGGCGCCAAGCGGGAGAGCAGACCGGUGCCCGUUUAAGACUUCGCUCGCGCACUCGCCGCCUCCGCUCCCCAGCCGCUCCAGCAAUGUCCGCCUCUGCCUCGCCGCACACAGCACCAGAUCCGUCCCAGCUCGCAGACACAGACAUCCCCUCCCCCGACACCCACACCUGUCUCUGGAUCGACUGCACGAAGAGCCUCCCCGACCCAGAGGCCCUCUACAACCACCUCUGCAACGACCACAUCGGCAGGAAGAGCACAAACAACCUCUGCCUCACCUGCAGGUGGAAGGACUGCGGCACAACAUGCGCAAAGCGCGACCACAUCACAAGCCAUCUCAGAGUCCACACUCCCCUCAAACCCCACACUUGCGAGAUCUGCAAGAAAUCUUUCAAGCGGCCGCAGGACCUCAAGAAGCACGAGAAGAUACACACAGAAGAGCACCAUGCCCAGCACAAGCACUCAAAGGCGGUCACCGUCCCAGAUCCACCCGCCGCCCGCCGUCGCGAGUCCCUCUCCAUCGACAACUCCGACCACAACCGCUCCCAGGACUACUCCAGACACCACAACGCUCGCUCUCGCUCCAUGUCCUCCCAUCCCUCCCUAGCCCACCACCCCGGCAUCCUCCCGACGCCCUCCCCUGAAAUCAUCCACCCCCAAGCAUAUGCCCAUCAUCACCUCUCCCAGCAACCUUCCGACCCCCGUUUCCUCCAGAAUCAACUCCCCACCUGGGAAGCCCUCCGCCCCGACGGCACCGCGACCCAGUCCACAGGCUCCAAGCGUGCUCACGACGCCUAUGCCGUCGACGACUUUUUCGCCGACGUCAAGAAGCGCCGCGUGAACCCCUCCUAUGACUCGAGCAUGGCCGAGCGUCUCAGCAACCUGGCCUACAUCCAGAACAUGGCCGGCGCAGGCACAGAAGACCUCAACGGCUUCAAUCCGCGCUCCGUCUCCCUCGACAUCCGCUCUCCCGAGGAGCUCGCCGCCGUCAACCAGUUCCUGCUCACCCUCGGCCGCGACGUCGAGGCCGGUGUGCACCCGCGUCACACCUCCCACACAGUGAACAGCAGCGCGUAUUCUCCGUAUCAGAACUACUUUGACCAUGCCCAGCUUGCGCAGCUCGGCCUCGCAGGCAUGCCGGGCAUCCCCUCGCCGUACCCCCACGAGCCCCAGGCCGCCUUUGCCCAGAACGCCGCCCCCAAUCACUAUCAAUCCAACGCGUUCUACCCCGCGCCGAGCACCUCGCGCCUCAGCCACCCGCCCGCGUCCGCGCCGCAGUACGGCCAGAUGUACCCCUCCGUGCACGACCUCGCCGCCUCUGCCUACGGCGGCAACCCGCACCACGGCAACGCGUACGACCGCCGCCUCUCCAACCACGGCCCACACGGCCUCACGCCGCUCGUCCACGGCUCCUCGCUCAACGCGCCCUUCCCCAGCGCAGCCUCGUACCAGUCGCCCGCGAGCCACCUCCACCCGACCCCGCCGCUCGAGAUGUCCAGCUCCCCGCACUCGUCCCUCUCCUCCCCCUCCAACUCUACCCCGCCUCAUCUCUCCGCGGCCGAGCUCGGCCCGUACGAGCCCCAGCUCCGCAUCGCGCGCGGCGUGCCCCCGCCCGCGCACCUCGCCCCCGUCGACUACGGCAGCAAGGCCAUGCGCACCAUCGUCCCCCUCAAGUCCGUCCCCGCCGCGGAGCGCGCCUCUGCGCCCGGGCCCGCCCGUGCGCCGCCACCGCCACCGGCCUCAUCACAGCGUCCGCGCGAGGCUGCGCCCGUCGCGGCGGCCUCGUCCACGAGCGAUACGCUCUACCCGUUCCUCACUUCCGGCGACAGCGACCUCAAGCUGCCCCCGCUCCAGCACCGCUUCCGCUCGCCCUCGCCGUCCCCCGCACCCUCGUCCACAGCACUCCCACGCUCCCCGCCCGCGCACUCCCAUUCCCCACCGCCGAUGCUCCCCAGCCUCCGCUCCAUCACCACCCCCGCCGCGGCCUCCAGCCCGUCCUCGCGCCCCUCGUCUUCUUCAAGCGCAGUCGGCGCCGGCGCAGAGGAUCGCCUCGCGCGCAGCGUCGGGCGGCUGCAGCUCGGGCGCGACCGAGACGAGCCCGGCGGAGGCAGCGCGAUCGGGCCGGAGCACCGCCGGCGCCACGCCGCGCUCAUCCGCGACCUGCUCGUCAUGAUCAACGGGCGGUACAAGGAGUACGCGCGCGUGCGCAGGGCGGCGAGUCCGGGUCCGUCGCCGCGGGACGUGGAGAUGGCCGUGGUGUAG